GUUUGCCAUUGUAAAUUGGGUGUCCACCUAUAAGGCAAAUCUGAAUUUACACGAUUUAUUUGCAAAUUGUUAGGUCGCCUGGCCUUGCUACCAGGCAUUCAAUAUUUAGACACCUUCCAAAAUUGUGAGCAUCUACCACUCUAAAUGGAUUCGUCCCUCUACACCAAAAUGAGGGAGUAGGUGGAGCUUUCAAGACAUAAGGCUGUCUAAAUAACAAAACUAAAUUAUGUUUUUUUCUUUCAGCAUUACCCGAAGAGGCAUUAUUUGUUUUCCAAUUACCCCACCUCUGAGGCCACCCGUCUUUCUAUCACAUUCUAUGAAUAGGUAAAUCACACAUUUUGUGUUUGUCCCGAACCCGAUCGCAUCUUGUAAAGGAAUAAGUUGGAAGGAGUAGGUGGAGUCUCUGCUACCCAAUUCGCUAUAGAUCGGGUUUUUCUCAUUGUGUAAUCUUCCUAUUGCCCAAUUCUAAACAAAUUGACCAUCCGGGUCUCUCAGUUUCAUUGCAUUGUAAAUCAGAGAUUAUAGCUGAAAAAUGGCAAGGAAGAAGAUCAGAGAGUAUGAUUCCAAGCGCCUAUUGAAAGAACAUUUGAAGCGGCUUGGUGCCAUUCAGCUUGAAAUAAAAUCAGCCCAGGUUACAGAGUCAACAAACUUGAAUGAGUUGGCAGACAAUGAACCAUGGUUGUCAGCAUCAAGACUGGUUGUAAAACCAGAUAUGUUGUUUGGAAAGCGAGGGAAGAGUGGUCUGGUUGCCUUAAAUUUGGAUUUAACACAAGCUGCAGCUUUUGUCAAAGAACGCCUCGGAAAGGAGGUUGAAAUGGGUGGUGCAAAGGCCCCAAUUACAACUUUUAUAUUAGAGCCUUUCAUUCCUCAUGAUGAGGAGUAUUAUCUUUCAAUUAUAUCAGAACGCCUUGGUUGCACAAUAAGUUUUUCUGCAUGCGGAGGCAUUGAGAUUGAAGAAAACUGGGAUAAGGUCAAGACAAUAUUUGUUCCAACAGAAAAGUCUUUAACAUCAGAGCUUUGUGCUCCUUUAAUCGCAACGCUCCCCUUGGAGAUUCGUGGGAAAAUUGAGAAUUUCAUUACAGGUGUUUACAAAGUUUUUCUGGAUUUAGACUUCACUUUCUUAGAGAUGAAUCCAUUUACACUUGUUGAUGGAAAUCCUUACCCUUUGGAUAUGAGAGGAGAAUUGGAUGACACUGCAGCUUUUAAGAAUUUCAAAAAGUGGGGCAAUAUUGAAUUUCCAUUGCCUUUUGGUCGAGUCAUGAGCCCUGCAGAAGAUUUGGUUCACAACAUGGAUGAAAAGACAAGUGCUUCCUUGAAGUUCACUAUUCUAAAUCCAAAAGGACGUAUCUGGACAAUGGUUGCUGGAGGAGGAGCUAGUGUGAUAUAUGCCGAUACUGUUGGAGAUUUAGACUAUGCAAGUGAACUUGGAAAUUAUGCAGAAUAUAGUGGAGCUCCAAAUGAAGAAGAGGUGUUAUACUAUGCACGAGUUCUGAUAGAUUGUGCAACUGCAAAUCCAGAUGGCCGCAAGAGAGCACUGUUGAUAGGUGGAGGAAUAGCUAACUUCACAGAUGUUGCUGCCACAUUUAAUGGCAUCAUUCGAGCUUUGCGUGAAAAGGAAUCAAAACUUAAAGCCGCAAGGGUGAAUAUAUAUGUAAGGAGAGGAGGACCAAAUUACCAAAGUGGCCUAGCAAAAAUGCGAGCCCUAAGUGAAGAGAUUGGGGUGCCAAUUGAGGUCUUUGGACCAGAAGCUAGUAUGACUGGAAUAUGCAAGCAGGCUAUUCAGUACAUUACAGCUGCUGACUAGAUUGCCGAAAUGCCUUAAUAAUGUCUAUUUAUGUGUUUUAUACUUGCUCUUGGGGGCUAUAUUUAGAGAGUCAAACAUACUGGUGGGUUCGUGUGCUAAAUUUGCAGGCAAUCAGUACCAUCUGAAAUUUGAGAUAUCUUCCAUGCAAAUUCAUGGAUGUAGGAUUCUUCUUUUAUCUAAGUUCGCUAAGCUGUGGGCUGUUUUACACUGUAUUUACAGAUUGAAUUAUUCUUCAAACUUUGCCAUUGUUUUUAAUUAAAUUUAAUAAGGCAGACAAGUUUUCCCUA